GUUAUGACUUUGCGGCUGUCCUUGAGUGGUUCGCAGAGCGUGUGGACCGCAUCAUCCUGCUCUUUGAUGCCCACAAGCUGGAUAUCUCAGAUGAGUUCUCAGAAGUCAUCAAGGCCCUCAAAAAUCAUGAGGACAAGAUCCGUGUGGUGCUGAACAAAGCUGACCAAAUUGAGACCCAGCAGCUGAUGCGUGUGUACGGCGCUCUCAUGUGGUCGCUUGGGAAGAUCAUCAACACCCCGGAAGUCGUCCGCGUCUACAUCGGCUCCUUCUGGUCACACCCACUGCUCAUUCCUGACAACCGGAAGCUCUUCGAGGCAGAGGAGCAGGACCUCUUCAAAGACAUCCAGUCUCUGCCAAGAAAUGCUGCCCUCAGGAAGCUCAAUGACCUGAUCAAGCGGGCCAGGCUGGCCAAGGUCCAUGCCUACAUCAUCAGCUCCCUCAAGAAGGAGAUGCCCAAUGUCUUUGGGAAAGAGAGCAAGAAGAAAGAGCUGGUGAACAACCUGGGAGAGAUCUAUCAGAAGAUCGAGCGGGAGCACCAGAUCUCCUCCGGCGACUUCCCAAGCCUGCGUAAGAUGCAGGAGCUCCUGCAGACCCAGGACUUCAGCAAGUUCCAGGCCUUGAAGCCCAAGCUGCUGGAUACAGUGGAUGAUAUGCUGGCCAACGACAUAGCUCGGCUGAUGGUGAUGGUGCGCCAGGAGGAGUCCCUGAUGCCCUCACAGGCUGUGAAGGGUGGUGCUUUUGAUGGCACCAUGAAUGGGCCCUUUGGGCAUGGCUACGGCGAGGGGGCUGGUGAGGGCAUUGAUGAUGUUGAGUGGGUAGUUGGCAAGGACAAGCCCACCUAUGAUGAGAUCUUCUACACACUGUCUCCUGUCAAUGGCAAGAUCACAGGCGCUAAUGCCAAGAAAGAGAUGGUGAAGUCCAAGCUGCCCAACACAGUGCUGGGAAAGAUCUGGAAGCUGGCAGAUGUGGACAAGGAUGGCCUGCUGGAUGACGAGGAGUUUGCCCUGGCCAACCACCUUAUCAAGGUCAAACUAGAGGGCCACGAGCUGCCCGCUGACCUUCCUCCGCAUCUCAUCCCACCCUCCAAACGGAGGCAUGAGUGACUUCCAUGCCUGAGAUAGCCCACAGCCCCAGGGCUGCUGGCACUUUCUACCCACCAGCUCCUUUCUGCCCGGUGGGCUGGGGCCUGGAGGGGCAGAGAUGGGGGGAGGGAAAGGGUCACCAUUUUUCAAGGUCCAUAAAGACUGAGCGGUGUUUCCUCAGCUCUCGAAUAGGAAAACCACCAUCUUUCUUUUAAAGCUGUUCCGGGGUUCAGCGGGGAGGCCUGGGUGAUGCUUGGAUGUGAACAGUGGGAUUUUGUGCACAAGAACCAUGAUAUUUUUAAUAUAUAACAUUAGAGGCAGCCUUCUUUCUUGCCUCUUCUGUCUGACAGCCCCACACUCAGCCUCUCCCCUAUCCCAGCCAGGCAGUGACAGUGACUCUGGGAACCACCUCUCCAACCCACCCUGGCACCCCCGUGCCCGCUGCCCCAGGCUAUAUAAGCAGGAGGCUCCAGUUCCUUUGGUUUGUUUCCAGACUGGGGCUUCCUCAUGGAGGUUGUUUCCCACUAGCUGUGUUCUGUGCUUGGAUAAGCUGUUCCAAUCCUCUGCUGUGAUGUGGGGUGCACACCUUCCCUUUGUCCACAACCCCUGGCACCCCAGACAGCACAGGAGCCACAGGUAGAAGACCCAACCACUGUUGAUGUUGUGGAGGAUGGAGGAGUUUUGAGACAGUGUCUUCUAGGAAAAUGCAUAAGCUAGUUAGUGUUCUGUAAAAUGACACUUUAUACUUGACCAAGACUUUGGGUAACUUACAUCACUUGUUCAAAGCUGUGAUUUUGUCUCCCCUUUCCUAUACUCCAGCCUUGGAGCAGUUCCACUCCAGAGUCAGCAAGGAGCAGACAUCCUUGGGCUUGAGUUUGCUUUCAGGCUGAGGGGAGGUCAUCCCAGCUUCUGCUCGGAGGGGUCUGAAAUGUACCUCUUAAGGUCAACCUUUGUGGCAGCUUCCUGAAGCCCCUCUCUGCCUUUGGGCAGGCAGUAGGCCCUAUGACCUGGGACUGGUGAGAGGAAGCCUGUGGUUCUGGCCUGGGUGUAGUGUCCAUGCAGCAGGACAGGGGAAAACCCAACCCCUUCCCUCACCCUGUCAUUUCCUUCCUCUCCUCCUCCUCUGCUCAGCCAAGGAGGUCUGGGUGUCCUGAGAGCCCCAGACGGAGCAGUAAGAAGCCAGAGCUAGCAGAUGACUACUUUAGUCACCCCACUGUCACUUGGGGACCUGGACACACCCUGUGGCCAGUGGUUGGCUGUCAGGGUGGGCUUUAUAUUGAGGUGGGUAAGGCAGUACAGACUGGUCAUCUGGCACCACAGGUGGCCUUCAGGGAGCUGCCUGCCAUCCCCCCAGCGCUGUUCUGGGCCCUGCUGAGAGUGAGCUCCAGCCUGGCCUGUUACCUCCCUGCCUCAGCCCUCCACUCCUUGGCUGAGGGUGAGUGAAAUGUCUUCCUCACAGGUUCACUGUUUAAAGUCCAGUGGGCUCUGUUCUCACCUAUAGGGAGAGCAGCUGAGUGAAGACUUUGUUUCUUGCAUUAAAGAAAGUUUAAUUGUGCCAAA